GGGGGGGUCUUGAGGCAGGUGGAACGGGAGUGUACGAGAGAGAAAUCAGCGUUACGCGUAUGUUCCGCAAUGAAAUCCACAUUUUUACAAUGUCUUCGCUGAGAGCAGGUCUCAAGAGUAGUUUUCGUGUAGCCUAGAGCAGAAUGCAUCGGGGCUUGCGAAACGCGAAGUUCACUCGUCGCUACUUGGCUUCUUCUUGGACACAUCCGCCGUCAAUGCUUGGGCCGGCUUGUGCUGGCUUCGCGUCUCUGCCAGCCACGCUCGCCAAACUCGUGUCCGGAAAUGGUAAUUUCGUGAGAAAAUCUUGCGCGCGUUCGCAAGGCUGCGAGCACUGGUGUUGGGCUGGAAAACGGUCCGAAGAGGAAGCGAGAUCCACUUCACCUAUCAGACAAGAGCCAAGUGCGUGCGCUGUUGUGCAGAAGCAUCAACGCCCAUGUGCAUUUGUACUUCGCCUCCCGCGUCACGCACCAGCACAAGCAGGACUGAACAUCAGCAUCGGCUGGAUAAAAGGUGAUUGUGACGCAACAUCGCCAUCCGGGAAAUCUGGCAGUCCAGCCUCGACUUUCCAGGAACAUCACCGCCCCGGGGGUGCUCCCGCGACCCGACUCUAUGUGGCAAGUAUACCCGAGCCGAGAAGGUGCUGUAUAUUGCUAUGGGCUGUUGCGCAGAUGUCGCGCAUAUGUUGGGUUAGGUACUGGAACUGCGUGCAUGUGGAACAUGUUCAGGGAACGGAAAUGAUGGUCCAGCGGUGACGCCGGCACAUCCCGAUCUUAGGAAAUAUAGCGCCGGUUAUAAGGCCUGGGGUCAAGGGUGACGUGACUUUGCGGACGGUGCCGCGGACGGCGCCGCCGCGCGAGGCAGACAGGACGGAGUGUCCGUG